GGGCGGGGGCGGGGCGGGGGCGGGGCGCGGGGAGGGCGGUGUCCAUGGAAACCGGGCGCACGCGGAGCGCCGCCCUCCUUCCCGCCGGGCUGCCGCCGCCGCCAUGAUGCUGCUGGGCCGCGGGCUGGACGCCAGGGACAAUCAGACUAGACAAAUACAAGAUGCUGUUUCAAAUGUGGAAAAACAUUUUGGUGAAUUGUGCCAAAUAUUUGCUGGAUAUGUACGUAAAACUGCCAGACUACGAGACAAAGCAGAUCUUCUAGUGAAUGAAAUAUAUGCAUAUGCAGCCACAGAGACACCAAACUUAAAAGUUGGACUGAAAAACUUUGCAGAUGAAUUUUCCAGACUUCAGGAUUAUCGCCAGGCAGAGGUUGACAGGCUUGAAGCUAAGGUUGUUGAACCUCUGAAAAGUUAUGGGACCAUCGUGAAACUUAAAAGGGAUGAUCUUAAAGCUACUUUAACAGCAAAGAACCGAGAAGCCAAGCAAUUAUCUCAACUGGAAAAGACACGUCAGCGGAAUCCAUCAGAUCGACACAUUAUUGCUGAAAGUGAAUUGCAGAGAGCUUCACUGGAUGCAACUCGAACAACUCGGCAAUUGGAGGAAACCAUUGAUAAUUUUGAGAAACAGAAAAUAAAGGACAUAAAAAACAUAUUUUCUGAAUUUAUAACUAUUGAAAUGUUAUUCCAUGGGAAAGCUUUAGAGAUAUAUACUGCUGCCUACCAAAAUAUCCAGAAUAUUGAUGAAAAUGAAGAUUUAGAGGUUUUUCGGAGCUCACUUUAUCCGCCAGACUAUCAAUCUCGCUUAGACAUAGUUCGUGCAAAUUCGAAGUCGCCCCUGCAAAGAACUGGCUCCUUAAAGUCUUCAUUGAGGACAAUACAGAUUUCCAGCAGUAUGCUAAGAAAAGAUGAAGAAGAAGAGGAGGAAGAAGAAGAGGAGGAAGAGGAGGAGGAGGAGGAAUUAGAUGCUGCUAAGGAAGUGAGAUAACAAAACUGUUUUAAUAGGCUUUUUUUGUUGUUUGUUUGGGGAAAAAAAAAUCUUUACAGAAAAGCUUUCGCCUGUUAAUCAAAAACUUCACUGAAGCUGUAUUUUUAAAACUCCAAGAGCAGCGAGAAUUGGGACUAAUACGGUAGUGCCAGAAAUAAAACAACCAGUUCCAAAGAAUGGAACAGAAUCUGCUGAAAAUGGACAAUUUCAGUAGCUAGAAAAUGAAAUACUUAAAUAGAAUCCUGUAUUAUAUUUGCAUAGAUGUUAUAUUGCAGUCAUGUUUGCUUAAACUUACAUGAUGAAGUGUCCAAAAACUAUACUGACAAGCGGUUAUGAACAUAAGGGUUUGCUUGUUAGUUUGCCAAUACAUUACCUUAUUCUCUAGCUACACACCUCUUGGAUUUAGUAAGUCCUCUAGCUAUACAUAUCAUAAUUGGUUUUAUACAUCCGAAAGUAACUGUAGUACUCAAGAAACUGAUUACAGCAACAAUCCUGUUACAUUUCAUUACCCACCUUGGAUGACAGAAGGCAGGGUGAAGUGUUUUCUCAUUCUUGCUUUCCUCUGGCUUGACUGCGAUGACUUUUGAUUUCUUUACCCACACAGAAUGAACAUGAACAAAUACGGACCUAGUCCAGUAUCUACUCUUAAUGCUGCUUUGCUUUUAAAUAAAAGUGCCUUCAUAAUAAAAGUAGUUGAUAUUUUA